AUAAGGACGUGCUCUAGCACGGCCUUUUUAAUUUUUUUUUUUUAAUAUUAUUCAUUCUUUUGUUAUUUCAAAUAAACAAUCGAUCCCGAUCAAUGGUGCAUGUGGUUAUUCAUUCGCAACAAAACUCCAACUAUACACAAGAUUUAGUCUAUCUUGAUUUCCAAGGCAGCUUCGAAAGUGCCGAGAAUCCCGACGUCUCGAAUCUAGAAAUUGGGGAUCUGACAUUAACAGAAACGGGGGCCACUUUAAUUAUUGGACAUCAUAAACUCGUAGGAAAGAAAGUCAAACUGGCCAAGCCCUUUGCUGUAAUUCACAAACAAAAGGAGGAAACCAUGGACGACGCCGUAUGUUAUGAUGUAGUCACUAUUCUCAAAGAAAAAUACGUGUUCCCAACUCGACCUGGAUUAAUUGUGCAAGAGAGUUUACGUGGUUUGACAAAAAUAGGCAAGUAAAUACCACACACACGUGAAGGUAUUAGGUGCUUUUAUAUAAAAUUAAACACACAAGGCAUACUCUCUCCCUCUCUUUCUU